UACUUGUGAGGUGUGUUGACACUUCUUCUCGCCGCGGCCUUACAGAAGAAUGUUUAAAACCCACUCGGGUUUGUCUUUACCGGGACGUUUUGUAUUUAAAUGAUCUUCUUCAUUGAUUAGCACUACUAUUGUGAACAAUUUAACACCGUAACAGCUUAUUCAGGAAACUUUACCUAUUCUAGUGUUAUCUCUUUUCGGAACUGUGCGUGCGCAGGGAGUCCCUUACUGCCACGUUAGGGCGAACCUCUGUCUGGCCAAUAAGAUUGCUCAGGGAUAAAAAAGAGCGCGCUGUCGUCACAGCUGGUUGGGUCGAGUGACAAAACAUUUCGUUUGCAUUAGAGUUAGUUAUACAGGUGAGGAUCGUACACCGGUGUGGAUGUGUGCCUCACUGUGACACUACACUAAACCAGCAUGGCUGCCUCUCACCUUCUCAUAUGUUUCUGUGUGACGGCAGGAAAGAACGGAGAAGAUCUAGGAGUGGACGAGCAACAGAUAGUCGUAUUCGUAUCUCUUCUUUUCGAUGUGACCAACUGUAAGGUCGUCGCCGUACAACACCAGUAUGUCCGACCACAGCCAACAGAACUCUCAGAAACCGUCCUUACUGAAGAAUGUAAACUCGAGACAGGAUUAGAUGAGGAUGUCAUAAAGAAUUCUCAGCCCCUCGAACACGUCCUCGAUGAGUUCGAAAGAUUUCUCUCAGCAAAAGGAGUACACCCCGAGAACGGUGGCAAAUCGUUUUGCCUAUUGACUGAUGGCCAGUCACAUCUACGUCAGUGUCUUCAUCCAGAGGCCAGUAAUAAAAAUGUUUCCAUACCCAGCUACUUUAACAAAUUCUUUGAUCUGAGGAAACAGUUCAGGAAGUUUUACAAAACGGACAAUAUACACAACAUCAAAUCUAUGAUAGAUUAUUUAGGAUUACAAGAAGAUCAUUCUGUGGAAUAUGGUGUCCGUCAGGUUCAGGAAAUGGCCUGCAUAGUGCAACGACUCAUCAAUGAUGGUCAUUCAUUUGUGGACCCGGACAUAAUUAAUGAGAGACUGGAACCAGGGAUUUGCUCUAAGUCUGAUAUUGUUGACGACAAUUCUGUUGUACGAGCACGUGGUUUGCCAUGGCAGUCAUCAGACCAAGAUAUUGCACGGUUCUUCAAAGGACUCAAUAUAGCCAAGGGAGGUGUGGCCCUUUGUCUCAGCCCCCAGGGCAGAAGGAAUGGAGAAGCCCUAGUCAGAUUCCAGGAUGGAGAACACAGAGACCUAGCCUUGAAAAGACACAAACACCAUAUAGGACAGCGAUACAUCGAGGUGUACAAGGCGUCAGGCAAGGACUUCGUGGACGUAGCAGGAGGAAGUAAUACUGAGGCGCAAGCAUUCCUUUCUCGUGGUGGACAAGUCAUCAUACGCAUGCGCGGACUUCCGUUCACAUCAACUUCACAGCAAGUGCUAGAAUUCUUUGCAAGAGAACCCAACCCGUGCACAGUUUUGGAUGGCGAGGAAGGAAUCCUGUUCGUUCACUACCCGGAUGGAAGAUCCACUGGAGAUGCCUUUGUACUCCUGGCCUCCGAAGACGAGGCUUGCAAUGCCCUUAAAAAGCACAGAGAGAUAAUGGGAACUCGCUACAUAGAACUAUUUAAAAGCACGACGGCUGAAGUACAGCAGGUUCUGAACCGCAGCAUGGACCCCCGCAAUCCAGAACCCCUUGAGACGCAGUUACCUCCUCUGAUUGCACAAAUUCCUCAGCAGGCGGCGCUGCCUUACAUUCCACAGAAUCUCAUCACGAGUGGCACAAAGAGAGAUUGUGUGCGUCUGCGCAAUCUGCCAAGUGUUGCCCAAGUGACAGAUAUUUUGAAUUUUCUGGGAGAAUUUUCACAGUUUAUCGUCUACCAGGGAGUCCAUAUGGUUUAUACUGCACAAGGCGAACCUUCUGGAGAAGCCUUCAUUCAGAUGGACUCUGAGGAGGCUGCGCAGCUGACAACGCUGAACAGAUACAAAAAGGCGAUGAUUUUUGGUCAGAAGAAGAGAGUUAUUGACGUGAUUCAGUGCUCUGGUGAAGACAUGAAUCUGGUACUUACUAGUGGUAUCAGUAGUUUUCCACCAGCUAUUCAACAGGCCGCCAUACCCCAACAACCACACACCCAGCUCGUUCAACGUCAGCUUAUAUCGCCAGCCUUACAUCCUGCCCCAACCAUGAUUCCGACAUCGGCGUUAUCUGCACUAACGACACCUACGCUGCCAUAUGCUCACUUGCCACAGCCCUUUCCGGCGGCCUUUCCACCAGCGACAAUGACACCAAUGCCACCACGGCCGGCGUAUUACCCGCCAAUAAUUUACUGGUACCCUAGUCCUCCUAUCUCUCCACAGACUAUAGUUUCACACACAGGGCCUUGUCCUGUCGUCUUGCGAGGCCUCCCUUUUAACACCUCCAUGCAAGAUUUAAUGACCUUCUUCAAUGGCUUUCCAGAGGUAACUCCUGAAAGCAUACAACUUCAGGCCCUACCAGACGGCAGACCUAGCGGGGAGGCUGUUGUGACAUUUAUGACACGUAAUGAAGCUGAACGUGCAAUAAUUCAACUAAAUAAACAAACCAUUGGAAACUGUGUUAUUGACCUGUUUCUCGUGUGAUAGCCAGUGCAUUCGGACAUUACAUGAAGACAUGGAUGAUUUUAGAUGUUUCAAGCAUAUUCAUUUUUUGUGUCAUCUCGUGAUUAGAGUGAGGUUGAAUAUGACAUUGUCGUGUGGGUGUGUGUGAAUAUGUAAAUAUAUAUUAUGUAUGAAUGUGUUUAUACUGUGAUGAGAAAAGAUACCAUUCUAUUUGGAAUCGUAUGAUAUUCCACUAGCCAAACAGCUCAAGCGAGUCAAUAUCUUGCCAUGUCUCACAAACUUGGUCCAAAUGUAUCAGCCUUCCGAAAUGUUUUUUAACACAAACAACAAUGCAAAUUCAGUAAUUGUUAAACGAAGCGAUAUUAUAUUUUGUCUUAAAUUAUUUAAUGAGUACACGUAUUUGAUACGGAAUGGUGCCUUGGAUGUUUAGAUGAAAAAUAUAUUUUUAAAAAGUACAGAUAUACCUUCUCAGGACGAUUGUUUCCAAUGAAUUAACAGGCAUUUUGUGUCAAGGUUGAGUACAAGAGUGGCAAUGUAUGUAGACUGAGCCGGUAGAAUUUAGAAUUGUAGUUUUUAACAUUCGUUAGUAGAACUUUUAGGAAGCAUCUAUAAGUGCCUUGCUUAUCUCUUUGAUCUGAAAUUGAGAAGCUUCAUAUUUCGAGUUAUUUUAUUUCAGAUAACUAGUUGUACAUAUCAUCAUUCCAUGACUUAUAACUUUUUAUGUAAUAUUUGUUUAAAUUUUAUUGUUGUUUUAGCGCUCGAUAGUAAGACAUUUUUGUGUCGUUGUUAUUUUUGUGAAUUUAUAUGCGUUACAUUUUUUCCUGUUUUUUUUAUGUACAGAUGUUUUUUUCCAGUAUACUUUCUAAGUAUAUACACAUUUGAUGGUUCGUUUGCCGAAAAUAUUUAAACAGAUAUUAUACAUGUGCAAAGCACUUUCAAUGGAUGCCCUAUGUGUUAGGGUGCCAAAAACGAAAGGAAAUAUAGGAAAAUAUAAUCAAAUGUGAUUUCUAGUCACUAAGUUAAAAUAUGACUUCUACGUCAAUGAAAUAUUAUACGAAUAUACCUACAUAUAUGUAAUGUAGAUCUGAAGAACGCAAUUUGAAGACAAUGUCGCGGUAAAAGAUGUAAAUGAGAUAUAUUUUUGAUUGCUAAUUGUUGUGUGUAAUGCUGAUACCGUGAAGGAUAAGUGCUAGUUUGGAAGCUAGGAUAAACGGAAAACAUGACAACGUGAUUGGCUGGAGAGAAUAUUAAUUAACACGCAGAAUCUCGGUUUUGAAUAAUUGAUAUAUAAUUCGUUGUUCUUGCGCAAAAACCUUAUUUUUUAUGUAGAUUAUUUAUGUUGCAAUAAUUUGAACCAAUCAAAUUCACCUAUUGUGUUUCGUUAGUGAUAAAGUCAUGUCAGGAUAAUCUGUUCAGGAAGAAUACAUAUAUUUCAUGUUUAUAUUAUAAUUAUUAUUGAAUGUUAUAUAUGAUAGAAUCUCGCUUUGGAUGUGAGAGGAAGGUGUCGUAAAUUUCAUUAAUGUUUAUAUUAUCUGUACAUAACAUUUGUAUUGUUUUAUAGCAUGUAUAGUUAAUUGUUACAAUAUGCAAAUGAUGCGACAUUAGAACGGCCUUCGAUUUACAUUCCCAGUUUGUGUAAAUACCAGCCUAUAACAAGCUACAUUUCCACAGUAAUGCCUGUACCUUGUGCAAUAAUGUAUAUAUAAGCACGUGACUUAAUACUACAUCAGAAGCUCGGAUAAUUGAAAUAGUGUUUAUACUUGUCUAAAAUUUGUAAUUGCAUAUUCUUUAAACGAAAAAUAAAAAAACAAGUACCUGUACAAACUUAUGAGUGUAUUUCUGAGAACUUCUUUAUAAAUCCUAUAAAACCUAACCUUACGGUUUUAUUGGAAUAAUAUUUGAAAAAAGAAACAAAUAAUAGACAUUACCAUUUACUAAUCGUGUUCUGGAAAACCCAACUGGUGAUUGGCUGCUGGAGUGGUUUUAUGUCACGUGGUUUGUUUGAUCCAGGGAAACUUAGUGGAAUCGCUGUGUGUAAAUUGUGACACUAACAAUGUUGUGGUACAACGGUUGGCGGUUUGGCAUGCUGAUGUGUUUGUUGUGCACAUAUGUAUUUAGGGUUCCAUUAAGGGAAUAUUUCGCAUAAUUAAGCGAAAAUUAAUGUUUUUAAAUUUACAGUUUGGUACUAACAGACUGCAAUGAUUUAUCGCUAAUUAUUUGAAAUUUAGAAAACAAUGCAUAAAGCAUGUAAUUAUUACAUUACCUUAUGCUACUAUCCCUUAAUGGAACCUACGUGUUUACGUUGAAUAGUUUGUGACGGGAUAAUGAGAAAAAAAGACUAUUAACAAAAUCAUUCCGAUUUUACAUAUAAAGGGUAUCUUUUCACUUUUAUUUUCAGAAUUUCAUCUACGCAUAUGAUAUAAAAUAAUUUAUGUUGUAAUAUCAUGUUUAUAUUGUUGAUAAAUGAUGUAGAUACUUAUAUUAUCAUAUAUAUAUAUAUAAAUACAUACUAGCAUAUAGCUUUAGAGAUUUACAUAUAAAAUGGCAAUAAACAAUCUAGUUUGCAUAUUGGUGGUGGUUGCCGGGUUUUGGUGAUUGGUGAAGGCUUCAGCUUUGUUUUCUUAGAAAACUGCGCAUCACACGGUCAGUAUAACAUAAUCAUUCGUGUUCAUGAAGUUACGCAUAUAUUGCUUGCGUCACUGAAUUUGCAUAUCAAUAACUGGAUCAGUCUUGCUCUGACGAUUGUAGGGUUUGGGACUAAUAUUUUCAAUUUUUUAUUACUUAGAAAUUUUACCUAGCGGUUUGGGUAACAAAUAUAUUUUCCUUUUGAGAUAAUCUGUGAUAGCAUUAUUUAAUUUACCUUUUACCAUUGUUUUCUGAGAAAUUUUAUUUUUAACUUUUAAUUUUAUUCCUAGACCAGCAUUACUUAAGAGAUGAAUACUCUUUUGUUAUGAUCUUUUAUUUGUUUUUUUUUUAUUUAUUGCAAAUUAAAUAUAUAUAUAUAAACAAACCUUUGUGAUGCGCAAUUUUCAAAUUACGUUACUGGAGGACGGACGACUCCACUGUCGCGACGUUCACUCGAGGUGAGGGCUAGACUGAUGAUAUGGAGCUGUCCAUACCGAUAUUCGUGUUCAUCUCAUAAAAUAGUUAAAAUGUGAUCUAGAAUAUAUUUUUGCUUUUACAAGAUGCAAGAUGGUUAAGCUGUUGUGUGCCAUAUAAUUUAUAUUCUAAAACGCCAAAUACUCAUCAUAGACGCAGGACCUGAAGGGCCAUAAUUAGUCAUAUGGCCAAUGAUAAGCCUCCAGAAUCCUACUAUUGACCAGUGCAUUUGUCUCGAUCGGGCUUUCCGGUCAGUCUUGUCAGCCAUAGGCCAUCUUGCUAGGUGGAGUGUCCCUGUGCAAUACAAUCCUUCUGCUGACUGGGAUUCUUCAGGGUCAUUCAGGCGCAUGCUGCUGAUAUAACUAGUCAAAUUGAAAAGAUAGCAUUCCAUUCACAUUUGCAUGUGUUUUAAGUUAUUUAUUCCAACAUAUCACUUUUAAAAAUGUUGCUUUAUUUUUUCUUUCCUGACGUUUAAUCAAGAAAAGACAUAUCCUCGUAUAUUUUAUUACGACUGAAGAUGUUAUUAUUUGACGUUUACGAGCUGUGUUCACUUUUUGUGUUCAGUCAAGGGAAGAGUUUGUUGAUAAUGUAUCUUAGUUAUUUUGAUUAAUAAAUUCUAUUUCAAAGUAUACACUAUAAAAUUA